AUGAAUUCCUUGGACAAGAUUCCUUUAAAUUACGAGGCCUCGGAGGGCGACACCCACAAGAAGCUCACCACCAGCUUGCCUCAAGAGGUGGUUCAAUGUCUCGAAAAUGCCCGCUUCCUGCAUCUUGCGACAUGCUCCGAUAACGUGCCCAAUGUCUCCUUGAUGAACUACACAUACCUGCCCUCGUCGCCCUACAACUCAUCUCCCGUCAUCAUCAUGACCACCAACCCGGCCUCCCGGAAGACGACCAGCAUUCUCUCCAACCCCAACGUGUCCCUGCUUGUCCACGACUGGGUCUCCCACCGUCCACCAAGCCACACCCGCCGCCCAUCAGGCGGCUCCCCCACGCGCGAGCCACCCUCCAGCCUGGCCUCGCUCCUCCUCAACCUCAACUCCUCGGAAAUCUCGAGCAUCAGCGCCACGAUCGGUGGCGCCGCGCGGAUAAUACAGACCGGCUCGGAAGAAGAGAAAUACUUCUGCGAUCAGCACUUGGCGAACCACACAUACGACGACGAGGACAACCAGCUGUUCCGACAGCGGAGCAACCCAGGCUCGGAUAGCCGGACGGGCCAGUUCGUCGCAGGCCGAGAGGUGAGCGUCAUUGCGGUGGAGAUCAAGGAUGUGAGGAUUAGUGAUUACAAGGGUGCCGUCAGAGACUGGGCUAUUGUCCCCGAGGAAAGUCUCGUCAACGGUUCAACGUAG